UUUCCUCGCAUGCGGUCGACCUUUUGAUUAGUUUUACGGAGCAAACGUUCAUAUAGAAGCCUGUAUCGCUUUUGAAUAAAAAGUAACGUUUCCGCGUCGAUUGGAAACAGUUUGUUUUUUUAAAAAAUUUCUUUCGAUGCAAAAGAAAUAACAACGGUGUGUAGUCUUGAACUUGGAGGUUAAAGGUCGGAAUCAAAAUGGCCGCCCUGGCAGACGGCGGUUUGAGAAGGCGCGUUGGGGGGAAGCGGAGGGGCGAUGACGACAGAGCGUGAGUGUUGGCCCAACCGCUGGGCGCGAGCUUGAGGUGUGGGUUCCAACAACCGGCGCCCCUCCCCCCACCGAAGGCUCAGAGCAAUGAGAAGCAACGGUUGCGGGGAGCCGUGUGUCGCUUAACCCAGAGUUGCGAGCGGUGUGCGCGGCCCAGCUAUAGACAUGAACAGGAAGAAGGGAGACAAGGGGUUCGAGAGCCCGAGGCCCUAUAAAUUAACUCACCAGGUCGUCUGCAUAAAUAAUAUUAACUUCCAGAGGAAGUCUGUCAUAGGAUUUGUGGAGUUGACCAUAUUCCCAGCACUUGCAAAUCUCAAUAGAAUAAAACUGAACAGCAAGCAAUGUCGGAUUUAUAGAGUAAGAGUAAAUGAUUUGGAAGCUGCAUUUAUUUACAAUGACCCGACUUUAGAAGUCUGCCACCAUGAAUCAAAGCAGCGGAAUCUUAAUUAUUUUUCCAAUGCCUAUGCGGCAGCAGUCAGCGCAGUUGACCCAGACACAGGAAAUGGAGAGCUGUGCAUCAAAGUCCCAUCUGAACUAUGGAAACACGUUGAUGAGAUGAAAGUUUUGAAGGUAUAUAUUGAAUUUUCCUUGGACCAGCCAAAAGGAGGGCUUCAUUUUGUUGUGCCCAAUAUGGAAGGUAGCAUGGCUGAGCGAGGGGCGCAUGUCUUCUCCUUUGGUUAUGAAAACUCUACAAGAUUUUGGUUUCCCUGUGUUGACUCUUAUUCUGAACUUUGCACUUGGAAAUUGGAGUUCACAGUUGAUGCUGCUAUGGUGGCAGUUUCCAAUGGAGAUUUAGUGGAAUCUGUUUAUACCAAUGACAUGAGAAAAAAAACUUUUCAUUACAUGCUGACUAUUCCAACGGCAGCGCCAAACAUUUCUCUUGCUGUCGGUCCCUUUGAAAUACUAGUUGAUCCUUACAUGCAUGAGGUGACACAUUUCUGUUUACCUCAACUGUUGCCUCUCCUAAAACACACCACCUCCUUUCUGCAUGAGAUUUUUGAAUUUUAUGAAGAGAUUCUAACCUGCCGAUACCCCUAUGCCUAUUACAAGACUGUAUUUGUUGAUGAAGCCUUUGUAGAAGUAGCUUCGUAUGCAUCUAUGAGUAUUUUAAGCACAAACCUUCUGCACAGUGCCAUGAUUAUAGAUCAGACGCCACUUACCAGACGGUGUUUAGCACAAGCUUUGGCUCAGCAAUUCUUCGGCUGUUUCAUUUCCAGAAUGUCAUGGUCAGAUGAAUGGGUGUUGAAGGGGAUCUCUGGAUACAUUUAUGGCCUCUGGAUGAAAAAAACAUUUGGCGUUAAUGAGUACAGACACUGGAUUAAAGAGGAGCUGGACAAAAUAGUGGAAUAUGAAUUGAGAACUGGUGGAGUUUUGCUGCAUCCCAUAUUUACAGGGGUGAAAGAGAAAGAAACACCUGCUCCACAUUUGCACUUUUCCAUUCGUCAUCCUCACACAUUGUCCUGGAAGUAUUACAAGAUGUUUCAAUGUAAAGCCCAUCUGGUAAUGCGACUCAUUGAAAACAGGAUCAGCAUGGAGUUCAUGCUUCAGGUCUUCAACAAACUUUUGAGUUUAGCCAGUACUGCCUCAUCACAGAAGUUUCAAUCGCACAUGUGGAGCCAGAUGCUACUUUCAACAACUGGAUUUUUAAAAUCAAUUUCGAAUGUUUCUGGAAAGGAUAUUCAACCUUUAAUAAAACAGUGGGUUGACCAGAGUGGUGUUGUGAAGUUUUUUGGCAGCUUCGCAUUUAACAGAAAACGAAACAUCUUGGAGUUGGAACUGAAGCAAGAUUGUACUUCUUUGGGAACUCAGAAAUAUGUGGGACCACUGAAAGUGACAGUCCAGGAAUUAGAUGGAUCAUUUAACCACACACUACAAAUUGAAGAAAACAGCCUCAAGCAUGAUAUUCCCUGCCAUUCCAAGAGCAGACGGAAUAAGAAAAAGAAGAUUCCGUUAUUGAAUGGAGAAGAAGUGGAUAUGGAUCUUUCUGCUAUGGAUGCUGAUUCCCCAUUACUGUGGAUAAGAAUAGAUCCAGACAUGUCAGUUUUGAGAAAAGUGGAAUUUGAGCAGGCUGAUUUCAUGUGGCAGUACCAGCUCCGCUUUGAGAGGGAUGUGGUUGCACAGGAGGAAUCAAUUCAUGCUUUAGAAAAGUUUCCUACUCCAGCAUCCCGGCUAGCACUAACAGAUAUCCUGGAGCAAGAGCAGUGCUUUUACAAAGUCAGAAUGCAUGCUUGCUUCCGCCUGGCAAAGAUUGCAAAUGCAAUGGUGAAUACUUGGACAGGUCCUCCAGCCAUGAAAUCACUCUUUACACGAAUGUUCUGCUGCAAGAGUUGUUCAAACAUUGUUAAGACCAAUAAUUUCAUGAAUUUUCAAAGUUAUUUUCUACAGAAGACCAUGCCUGUUGCUAUGGCUUUGCUGCGGGAUAUCCAUAACCAGUGUCCCAAGGAAGUAUUAGCCUUUAUUUUGGACCUCAUUAAAUACAACGACAACAGAAAGAAUAAGUUUUCAGACAACUAUUAUCGUGCUGAACUUAUAGAUGCACUUGCCAACUCAGUGACACCUGCAAUUAGCAUCAACAAUGAGGUUCGAACGUUGGACAAUCUCAAUCUUGAUGUUCGUCUAAUUCUGGAAGAGAUCACCCGAUUUCUAAAUAUGGAGAAACUGCUUCCAAGUUACAGAAAUACAAUAACUGUCAGUUGCCUGAAAGCAAUUCGGGUGCUCCAGAAGAAUGGACAUAUUCCCAGCGAUCCAUCACUUUUCAAAUCAUACGCAGAAUAUGGACACUUUGUUGAUGUUCGCAUUGCAGCUUUGGAAGCAGUUGUGGAUUAUACGCAAGUGGACAGGAGUAUUGAAGAAUUGCAGUGGUUGCUAGAUCUUGUUCAGAAUGAUGCUGUGCCUUACAUAAGGCAUAAGGUUUUGAGUAUGCUCAAUAAAAACCCACCUUUCACCAAGAAUACAGACUCUCCACUGUGCAGUGAGGCCCUGGUGGACCAGCUCUGGAAGCUAAUGAACUCAGGCACUUCCCAUGACUGGCGACUUCGCUGUGAUGCAGUGGAUGUGUACUAUACCUUGUUUGGCCUCAGCAGACCAUCUUGCCUUCCUCUGCCAGAGCUAGGUCUUGUGCUCAACUUGAAGGAAAAGAAGACUGUUCUAAAUCCUAUUAUUAUACCUGAAACGGGAGCAAGUGGACAAGAGACUGUAGGCAAUGCAGGCAUACAUGGAUUAAUGUCUGGCUUCCAGAUUAAUGAAGAGGAGCAUCUUACCAAAGAUUCUGCAUCCACUGGGUCUGCAGUUCAGCAGGGCAUAAAGAGAAAAGCUGAGACCCCACUUGGUUCUCCAUUGGAACCUGGGCAGGUUCUGGAGAAGGAUGAAGAUAAUAAGGUUAAGCUUAAAAUCAAAUUUUCUAAUUCUCAAGAAGAUGAAGAGAUUGAUAUGGACUCUGUUCAUGAUAGUCAGGCUUUCAUUUAUCACCAGUUGAACAUACUUGAAAGACCAUCCACUCCAGGAAAAGAAACAACAACCAUAGACAAUGCCAUGAGUUCCAGUUCAGCUGCUCCACUUCCUUCACUUGGCAAAGAGUCCAGUUCAUCGAGACAUGGGGAACACCACCAUCACCACCACCAUGAACACAAGAAAAAAAAGAAAAAGCAUAAACACAAGCAUAAGCAUAAGCACAAACAUGAUGGGAAAGACAAAGAAAAGGACUUGUUUACUUUUACAAGCAGCCCAGCUAGUGGGCGGUCUUUAAACUCUCCAUCAAUUUCAGACUAAAUUAUAUGAUGAACCAUCUAAUCAGUUCAGUAUAUCAAAUAUUUUCAGAAGUAAAAUAUAAGGAAGACUACUCCUGCCCCAUUGUUUUGUCAAACCUUGGCUUUCUAUGGAAGUAACUAAAACUGUUAUCAACAAUGAUCAAAGUACAUGUAUAAUGGAAUUUAAGCCUCAUUCCACUUGUUUGAUGUGUUUAACUAACUCACACUCACAACUGCUGAUUUGUACAACUGGCAAUUAUUGCUGCUUUCAAACUGUUUAAAAUAAGCAUCCUUCCCCCACCCCACCCUUCUAAUUAAUCUAUGUAAGCAUAUUUUCCUAACGUUUACUGGUCUGCCAGGAUCCUUCUUUACAUCUCUCACUGAUUUUGUGCCUGUUCAAAUUUGUUGGGGGUGCAAUGGUUUUUCCAAGUAAAAUCUUGUAUAUAACAAGCAUAACUAAAAAUGAUCAUGUUGUACAAAAAAAGGUAAAGCCUGAAAAUCCUGAGGAUCUGUUGUACCAAAACAACUGGGCCUUGGGUAAGAAUGCAGCUGAAUCCCAUAUAUAAUGGUGAAACUCUUGGGGUUGUCAACAACCUUCCUGAAUAUAUAAAUUUGAUGUUCUGAAUGGGACAGAAUUGGAAACUGGUUGUGGAAGACAGAGUGGAAUCCAGGUGGACUAAGCUUAUUUUCUAAUCUUUUUCAAAUAAUGCAUCUCCGUUUCACAGUGAGGCCUAUUGAGUGAAGCUAUCACUGCUCACCAGUGUAGAUAUGCACUUACUGAUCCAUCUUCCUCCAUGAUUAAGUAGCAAAUUGUUUUUUAAAAAUUUUAAUGAGUUUACUGCCAACUUAUUUUGCCUUUUAGUAGUUGCAUAUCGUUAGAAAUUUCACUGGGAUAUUCUUAACUAAUAAUGGCACAAAUUAUUUUAGUUGCACCAAAGAACUUAUGGUACAAGGUAUUUUAAUAGACAAUGGUUGUAUUUAGUCUGGUUUGAUCAGAACUCUGGUAAUAACUUUGUGUAAUAAAGGUUUGUCUUUAGCUGUUAUAGUG